GGUGUCGUUAAGAGGAGUCCCAUCCAGCCGGUCCCCGGAGCGCUGCGUCGAUCACUUUUGUUUUUUGGGGGGCUGUCUCAAACGGGUCAAAAAAUGCUCACCUUGGACUCGCUACAGUUUGAUAAUUCACCAUUUAAUUUACCGUAUCCCGACACGAUGCUCCAGGAUUUGGACUCCUUCGCCAAACAUCCCAACAGCUUCGCUCCGACAAAUGAGACCGAAACUCACGCAGAUCUUUACUGGAAUUGGAUGGAGCCCCAGGAUCCGUGUUACGACGUUUAUGGAAACGGGCAGCUAACGCCUCUUCAGAACGUCCAGGUGUCCUACCUGCCGGGAAACUAUUCCAACUACUGCCCGGACGCCACUGCCACCACCAUCCAGCCGAUGGACAACACAGCCCCCUACUCCGCACCGUGCCCGCUUCCAGAGGAGAUGUACGGGACGGAGUUUACCCAAUAUCCCACGUACCCGAUGCCCUGUAACGUCCCAAGCCCGUCUAUAUCUGAGGAAGAGGAAUACCAUAACGAACACAGCCCGGAUCUGGAGGUGUCAGACAGCGAAUCGGACGACAACUUUUCCCAAGGAGAGUCCCGUGGCUACGACCCAGGCGUGCGGAAAAAGGUUCGGCUAUACAAGUUCCUCCUGGAGCUUCUGCAGAACGGGGACAUGAGAGAUUGCAUCUGGUGGCUCGAUCGGGAGAGAGGAACCUUCCAGUUCUCAUCAAAGUAUAAAGAGUUGCUUGCCCACCGAUGGGGUCAACAGAAAGGGAACCGCAAGAAGAUGACCUACCAGAAGAUGGCUCGCGCCCUGCGCAACUACGGCAAGACCGGCGAGAUCCGAAAAGUCAAGAAGAAGUUGACGUACCAGUUCGACAGCGUGUUGUUGGGAGGAAAAAUGGAGCCAACGCUGCACCCAGUCUGUUAGAGCAUUCUGCGGGUGCCAUGGACGAUGGGCGGUUGAUGCUCCAAUCUCUCGAGGUGUUUCUUUUAUUCUUAUUCCUAUUGUGGAAAGGGAGGGGGUUGUAUGUUGGCGACUCUUUGACCGGUAAGAGCCAUGCCUUAAGAAUCAUGCCACAGAGAAGACAAUCACCUUCGACAUUGUGACCAAAGACAAGUAGCCAUUACACAUGGACAACACACUCCUGUGGCAUUUAGUCCUUCAUAAGUGAAAUAAGAGAGGAGCCUGUGAGAAGGGAAGCGGA